GGCCGGCGGGGCAGCAGCGCCGCGCUCCGCAGCUCUCGCCCGGCAGCACCCGGGAACCGUGGAGUUUCCUCGCUGCCUCCCAACUUUCGCACCCGGGAAAAAAUGCUGCCAGCUGGAAUACAGUUUCUUACAUUACAGGUGCAAGUAGAGUCCUGGGCACAUCUGUCAUAGUAAACACUGGAAUGAGAAACUGAAGCAGUUGAAGGAAGUGAAGAAUGAAGUUGGGUGACGGUACUGAGAAAGCAGGUGUUGGUGUUCUUGGACAGGGCUGGCUCACAGUUCUUCCUCCUGAAUAGUUUUAGAUCCAAGUUUGAUUUUCAGACCCUGAGUGGGUUUCUUUUCUCAGGACUCUUCUGCCUUGGCCUUGGCCUUCAACGUAAUGCAGAGCAGUCUCACAAGCUUUAUUAUUCAGUGGAUGUGAUGAGAGCAUCACAGUCUUACCUUCUGGCUUCAGAAAUUGUGAAAUAGCAGGGAAAAAAAAGGCAGGCAUUAAAGGCUGCACUAAGAUAAAAUGGAAUUAAACUAGGGAAAAACAGAAGGAGGAAAGGAUGUAAUUUUCCAUUUUUGAAAGACGUGUUUAAAAAAGGAAGGAUUUACCCCUCUGCUCUCUGAGCUAUUUUAAAGUUCUAGCUUUAAAAAUGUUUUUACAUAGUGAAAAUAAUUGCUUCCAGUCCUUCUACCUGGAAUUCUGAAGACAGGAAGCAGUGUUAAAGAUGAGAAUAAUUGGAGGGUCUUCAUUUAUUUCUUCUCAGUGGACCAUUUCUAUCUUAUUUGUACUGCAAAGACACACUCCUGUGUAUGUGCAUAAUGGAGUCGGUGGUGAGAAGUUUAAUGCUGAUGAAUAUUAUAAUUGAAUACAAAUUCACUUUAUUUAUGUGUCAGUUUAAGCACGUAUGUAUAUAAGUGUUAAAAGCUGAAGCUACCCACAGAAGUGGUGUUUAGGUACUUGAUUGUUGUUCUUUGGAUAAACAGAUAAUAUUGAAUUGUGCAUAUACCCACCAUCACAGUUGAAAUGCUUUAAAAAAUGCUUUAUUAUUGGAAGAAGAAAAACCAACCCAGCAGCAUAUCUACUUUAGUUGCUUUCUAAAAACUAUUAUCGUCGGUAAAGAUUAAAAUAAAACUGCUCUAAAGAAUUGAAAAAACUGUGAGGGUUUGAGGAUCGCUUACAUGAAUACAUGACUUAACUCCAGAAGGGCCCAGAUGUAUCAGGGUGAUUUUUCGGGACAGCGUUUCCAAUUUGCACUGUAAGUACUGCGUGAGUCACUAGGAUGCCAAUGGUUGCGACCGUGAGCAAAGAGAAAAGUAAGAUCAGCUUUUAAGCAAUGGGGGGAAAUGAAACCUCAGAUGCUAACGGUGGCAGAUGGACAGGCAGUGGUCACACAGCCUCUGACUGCUGGAUGCAGCAAAAGGCAGAUAGAGCGACAGCACUUCUAGGAUAGAGAGCAGCUUUUGACCUUCAAGUGCUGUGCUGCUUUCUGAUACUCCGGAAAUCUGCCUUGAAAUUAAGACCCACGUGCUGCUGUAGCAAGAUGAAACAGAAGAUAACAAGGGAUCCAGUGGGAAGAUUUAAGGCAAAUGUCUCUGUAGACAUCAAAACAACAGUGAGGAGGCUCUGUGUGGACAGCACAAUGUGUCAGAAGCGUGGAUGGAUAGUGAUGCUUUCUGUACUGAAAAACUAUUGGGUGGGAAAUGCCUGAGUGGGGACUGACAGAAUUUCCUCUGGUGUCUAUAUUAUUUUUAUCUCUGAAGAGCAAUAAUGUAGUGUCGUAUGUAAUGAUACUGUGCUCCUGCGUUGUUUUUUUGCUUUCCUUUUAUAUCUUCUCAAAACACUUCCUUGAUAUUCAUUGCGAUACAGGAAGAGAGAGCUAUGCAAAUAAACACUUGAUACUAAGUAAAAUAUUUUAUUUAUGCAUGAAUUAACUUUCCCCCUUCAGAAUUUCUUUAUGAGUACUCUGUAGACUACAGAAGAUGCACUCUGCAUACACUUCUUACUUUUCAAAUCUAUUUUGUCGAAUGGGUAAUAUGCCGGGACUUAAAGUUUGUGAUUAACUCUGGUAAUUAUAUAGCAUUUUAUAUUUUGAAACUCAUUAUUUAAUGUGCUUUGAUUGAAGCUCUCCUUUCAGUGCUUGCUAUUUAUACUGGCUCUACAAAUCUUUAUGUUGAUACCACUCUCAAAACCCUGGGAAAGGACUUAAGAUUUCAGUACAGAUGUGUAAUACUGUGGGUUGUAAUACUGACAGUGCAGGUGAAAUGCACUAAGUCUAAGUCUGUACCCUUCAGUGCACACGCUACACUCAGUCACUGAGCAGAGGCUUUUGAAACCAAAAGUACUGGAGGGAAGGGGACACCCCGCUGAGGCACGUAUUGUCUUCAGUACCAGCUUGGGGCUUUUUGGUAAUUGGAGCCCAACUCCAAUUUUCAUAGAAUCAUAGAAUGGCCUGGGUUGAAAAGGACCACAGUGAUCAUGUAGUUUCAACCCCCCUGCUAUGUGCAGGGUCGCCAAUCACCAGACCAGGCUGCCCAGAGCCACAUCCAGCCUGGCCUUGAAUGCCUCCAGGGAUGGGGCAUCCACAACCUCCUUGGGCAACCUGUUCCAGUGUGUCACCACUCUCUGCAUGAAAAACUUCCUCCUAAUGUAGAUGUAACUAAGUUCACUCAGGGCUAGGAGUUUUCAUCUCCCAGGAGAAAAAAGCAGUUCUUUGUGUUGAGGUGCAGGAUCUUCUUUUUGGUGCCAUUUCACACACUGUAUUUCUGCAAUUUUACAUGACGCUGAGUAUACUGCUGUGGGAUUAGAUAGCACCUGCACAUUGGUAUUAGUGGCACAUUGGUACUACUGUUCCAUUGUUGUUAUUGUCACAGACUAAUAUUAACCUUGAGCUUGCAGCAGGACACAACAGGCUCACUGCUCAUGUGCUUUAAGCUGCCAAAACAAACAAACAAACAAACAAACAAACAAAAAACCCACCACCUUAGUAAAAAUGCUUUCCUGUGACUUUACAUUGGCGCUGGGUGAGCUGCAGUCCCCAAAGAUAUCUCCAGGUUUCUUACAGCAGUAGACAAAGGCAAUUUGGAUCAAGUUAUCUUAUGCCCUCAACUUCAGCAGUUUGUUCUGUAGAAGCAGAAUUACUCAAGAGCAAAAAGGUUAGCGCUUAGGUGGCUAAAUACCUGAUCAUGCAGAUACAGCAUGUAAUUAAACACUGGGCUUCCAGUAGUCUAGUGUGAGCUUGCAAACAGCAACUUGCUUACGGGUGUACAAAAAUUCCCUGUAGACCAUUUUACAGUAGAACAAGAAUCAUUCAUACAUCCACAAUUAUUAAAAAGAAAUAAAAAUCCUCUUCCCCCUCCCCCUUCCCCAAAGCAACUAGCGCAUAACCCACGCAGAAGUGAACGUUUGGAAAAUCUUCCAGUGAACUUUGUCACCAACUAAUAUUAGGCGUUACAGAGGUAUGCUUCUAAGGGAAGAUCCUGGCUGAAGGUGCCUCUCAGUGCCUUGGGGCAGGAGUGGGGCACGGAAAUGUUGGCACACAAGAUGGAGGACCUCUUCUUCAGAGAGAUGGAGGUGAAAGAUGUAGUGUAGGGUGCAACAAUCUGCUCUAUCUUCUCCAGCUGUGUUUUGUUCACCGCUGGCUUACUCGAGCCCUCCAUGUGUGCUGAGCUCUUAUUUUGUUUUACAUUGUUCUUCAAAGAACUGGCUUUAAAGAUUAAUUAGGGCAGGGGGAGUGAGAGUAUGUGCCUGCAAGAGAAAAUAUGACCGUGAACCCAGCAUUAGAGCACUGACCUGAAAGGAGGGAGAGAGGAAGGAAGAAGAGGUUUGAAAAACGUUCCUAGUGGAUUCUUUCAAGAGAAAUAUGGGAUGUAUAAAAUCAAAAAGGAAAGCGAAUCUGCAUGGAGAUGGGCUAGAUUUGAAGAAUCAACCAGUACGUAAAACUGAACGAACUAUUUAUGUGAGGGAUCCAACGUCCAAUAAGCAGCAAAGGCCAGCAAAUACAGAUGCACACCUUCUACCCGGACAGAUAUUUGCCAAUGAAGAAACAGAAGAGCAUGGAGUCAUUGUAGUAGCUCUGUAUCCUUAUGAUGGCCUUCAUGAAGAUGACUUGUCCUUCAAAAAAGGAGAAAAAUUGAAAGUUAUUGAGGAGCUGGGAGAAUGGUGGAAAGCUAGAUCUCUCACAACAAAGAAAGAAGGUUUCAUUCCCAGCAAUUACGUAGCAAAAGUAAACACCUUGGAAACAGAAGAGUGGUUCUUCAAAGACAUAACUCGAAAAGAUGCUGAAAGGCAACUCCUGGCUCCUGGAAAUGGCCCUGGAGCAUUCCUUAUCAGAGAAAGUGAAACAUUAAAAGGCAGCUAUUCUCUGUCCAUAAGAGACUAUGAUCCCCAACAUGGUGAUGUCAUUAAGCACUACAAAAUUAGGAGUCUAGACAAUGGAGGAUUUUACAUCUCUCCAAGAAUAACUUUUCCCAGCAUCAAUGAUAUGAUCAAGCAUUAUCAAAAACAAUCUGAUGGCUUAUGCAGAAAAUUGGAAAAAGCUUGUAUUAGUCCAAAGCCUCAAAAACCGUGGGAUAAAGAUGCAUGGGAAAUUCCACGAGAAUCAAUUAAAUUAGUGAAGAAGCUCGGAGCUGGUCAGUUUGGAGAAGUCUGGAUGGGUUACUAUCAUAAUAGUACAAAAGUGGCUGUGAAGACUUUGAAGCCUGGAACGAUGUCUGUGCAAGCCUUUCUGGAGGAAGCCAACCUCAUGAAGACGCUUCAGCAUGACAAGCUAGUUAGGCUUUAUGCUGUAGUGACCAAAGAAGAACCUAUUUAUAUAAUAACAGAAUUCAUGGCAAAAGGAAGCUUGCUGGAUUUUCUGAAGAGUGAUGAAGGAAGUAGAUUGAUGCUUCCAAAGCUAAUUGACUUCUCUGCUCAGAUUGCAGAAGGGAUGGCAUACAUAGAAAGAAAAAAUUACAUCCAUCGAGAUUUGAGAGCAGCUAAUGUUCUGGUUUCAGACUUACUGAUGUGCAAAAUUGCUGAUUUUGGACUAGCUAGAGUCAUUGAAGACAACGAAUAUACAGCAAGAGAAGGUGCAAAGUUCCCUAUUAAAUGGACAGCACCGGAGGCGAUCAACUAUGGAUCUUUCACUAUUAAGUCUGAUGUAUGGUCAUUUGGGAUUCUCCUGUAUGAAAUCGUUACAUAUGGAAAGAUUCCUUAUCCAGGUAUGAGCAAUUCAGAUGUGAUGGUUGCUCUUCAGCGGGGGUACCGAAUGCCACGUAUGGAAACCUGUCCAGCUGAGCUUUAUGAUAUCAUGAAAACAUGCUGGAAAGACAAAGCAGAAGAAAGGCCGACCUUUGAUUACCUACAGAGCGUACUUGAUGAUUUCUACACAGCAACAGAAGGGCAAUAUCAACAGCAGCCAUAGAAAAAAGAACACUUUUUUCCUAUUGACAUGGAUCAUUGGCACAGACUAUUACUUGGACAGACUGCUGUAACCAAUUACUUUGAGUUUGGACAUCUUAACCAAGUACGGAAGCUGGAGCGCUGAAGGAAAGAGUAAUUCUGCAGCAAAAUAAUCAUGCUUUUUUGUGGUUAAAGAAGUUCUCUUUAAAUGCUUCAUGUUUUGCAGCUGCAGAAACAUCCCAGGCUGAGCAGAGAAACAGAAGGAAAGCAAUCAUUCACCUGCACAGUUUUUCAAAGCCUUCUUGGGCUCAAAAUCAUGGAACACAUUCCAAGGAUCCCUUUAUGAAAGGCACACGCAAACAGCAGUCUUCAAAAGAAAAAGGAACAACCCCAUGUCUUACCUGUUUAAGUUGUUCUUCAUGGCAAAGUCGUGACAAAUGCAGCCUAUUAUUAAAAUUGUUUUUGUAUCCUUGUUAUUUCACACUAGUAGUUGGAAUACCAUCAUAUCCUGUCAGACUUUGUAAAUGGUGUAAUAUGAUUUCUUUUAAGGAAGGGCUAUGGAUGUAAUUCCAUACAUUGAAAAUGAUUGUUUUACUGCUGUUACUCAUGAAAUUUAAAAUCCUUUUCAAAGCAAUGCAACAGCCAUCUCAGAUGCAGAAGAGCAUCCAUGAAGGCAGACUCAGCAGCAUGCCCAGCUCUGCGUUCGACCUCCAGUUUUCCACAAGGCCUAAGUCAUCAUGUAAAGUUGAUGGGAAAGCACAGGAUGGCGAAGGAAGUUCAUACAUUCAUUGCAGUCACUGUUACCCAUGAAAAUAUUUUAAGAUUAAUUUUUAAUCAUCUGUGAUUAUUUGAGAAUAUUUCUUAAUUUUUGCUGCUUCAAUCAACUAACCCUAGAGCUGUUUUAAAGCUAAAACUAGCUCAAGCACAGCCCAAACCAAUUUGUGGAAAGAUGCAAUGGGAUAUUAAGUAAGUUAAACUGCAGAGACACUAUAACUUUGCUCGUAUAUAAAUCUGUAGUUCUUAGAAAGGAAAUGCAGUUUGCUAUGCUCUAUGUAUUAAAUUGUUUUCAUCCAAAUGACCAAACAGAUGAGCUAGUGCAGUUACAAUGCACCUACAGUAUAGAUGUUGGUUUUUCCUCUUGGUGACAAGGCUCUGACCACCGAAACCCAGGACAUCUUUGCCACCUCUCACCUUACCCAGUUAUUCAGGCAAAUGGUACUUUGCAGAAGCUUCAGAAUCUUUUCAUUAAGCUUUGGUGUGCCUGCAGCUAAAGUUCAGCAGCAUCAACAAUCAUUGCUUUUUCUCCAUUGGCUUCCUUCAGUCAAACUGUGCUGUUUAAGCAGACUAUCAGUGAAAUAUGUAAAUACUGUUUCUAUUAUAUGGUGAUUUUUAAUUUUAAUAAACACUUAGUCUGAAA